GUGACGUUACGUUUGUUGACAGACGUUUAUGUUUAUUGUAGAAUGGAAUUUCAGAAAAUUAGUAUGGCUCAAUAGUUUCCUUAUUUUAUGUGCACCUUGACAAUAAGGUUAAAAGUAAUACUUAUUCAAAAAAGUACAACCACCUUAACUAAACCAUGGAUAACUUAAAAAAUAUAUGGAAACCUGAACUUUAUCGUAUCCAAAUGGAGGCGCCGGUGCCAAAGCGUCUAAUCUGCGAGAAUUGUCCGGACAGACCUGAGUUUUACGGAAAAGAGUAUCACGGAGUGAUGGGACACAGAGAAGCAGCUUUGUUUCUGGAUGGUGAACCCAACGGAGCCUUUUUAAUCAGAAAAGGCAAUGAAUGCAAUGAUUUUUACACAUUAACUUGGAGGUUCAAUGAUAGAAUACAUCACUAUAAGUUAUACUACGAUGGUACACACUACAUAAAGGAAAAGAGGUAUGACAGUAUUUAUGAUUUGGUAGCAGAUGGACUUAUCAUCUGUCAUAUGGAAUUGAAGGCGCACCAUAUAUUGGAAAUGAUCAACUCACGCACAAACUAUACGGAGAGCCCGUAUGUAACACUGAAUAGACGGAAAUUAAAAAAUACUUUGACUGAAAUUCAUCAGGCACCAAAAAACGCCAGUCCUAUUAACAGGAAUGACAAUCAAAUCUUAGAGAUUGAGACCGACAUAAAAAAGCCUUUAGACCUCACGCCCAUUGAAGACAGCCCAUUAUUGUACAAAUACUUAAAGUCACAUAAUUUCAAAGUGCAUACAUUCAAGGGUCUUAACUGGUGUGAGCUGUGUGCUAACUUUCUGUGGGGCUUCACCGCGCAAGGUGUUAAAUGCGAAGAUUGCGGUUUCAUAGCACAUUCAAAAUGCUCAGACGUGGUCCCUAACCACUGUUUACCAGACCUAAAAAAGCUAAGAGGAGUGUUUGGCAUAGAUUUAACGACUCUGUUGAACGCCCACUCCAGCACAUUGCCUUUUGUCGUAAGGAAGUGUGUCAAUGAAAUCGAAGCGAGAGGAAUGGACUCUGAGGGCAUCUACAGGGUUUCUGGGUUUGCUGAUGAGAUUGAGGCGUUGAAACUGGCUUUUGACAAAGAUGGUGAGGCGGCGGAUUUAAGCGUGUACAGCAACAUCAACGUAAUCGCGGGUACCCUCAAAUUAUACCUUCGCUUACUGCCCGUCCCGCUCAUCACUUACGAGGUCCACCCGCACCUGGUUAACGCUAUCCAAAUGAAGACGACAUCGCGGCAAGUGUCGCUGUUGCGCGAGUGUCUGGACAUGUUGCCGCCCGCGCAUUUCAACUGCCUGCAGUAUAUGGUGCAGCAUUUGCAUAGGGUGUCACAACAAGCGGACGUGAACAAAAUGUCGGCACACAACCUCAGCACGGUGUUUGCGCCAACGUUGGUGGCCACGCCGCCCGCCAUCUCGGACUUGGCCGCCGAGAUCCGCGCGCUGCAGGCGCUCAUCGAGCACUGCCCGCAGAUAUACUAUGGGAACAAAUGAAGCUGAAGAUGCAUUGCUGUGGUGUUGCGGUCUAGCGCGACCACCGACCAACCGGAGCGCGCAUGGAAAACUUCUAUAGGCCAAACCACUAUGACUAUUAGUGUGCACGUAUUCAUUAUACUGGAUGUAACCAGAACGCUAACAAAAACUUUGCGUUAUUAUUAUACUACCUUAACACAAUCCAAUAAAUAACCAUUUGCCUUAUCUUGUAGUUUUAGUGAUUUAAUAUUAUUAAAGCUAGCAUUGUAUAGCGUGCAAAACUCGCGAACCCCAUCUACGACGCGGUAUUGACGUCGAGUGAUCUAUUUACCGAACGCUCGUUGAUCUCUAGCGUCAGUCAGAUGUUUUAUUUGCAAUAGAUUGUGAACUUUAAAAACAGGUUUUAGAAUUUUUUUCGUAGUUUUUUUUUAAUGGUAAUCAGUCAUCAUCAAUAUUAUCACCUGUCUUCGUUUUUCGUAGCGUUCUGGUAACACUGUAUUAUGAUACUAAAUACUACUAACGAUACUCCAGCAUUUCGUCGUGUGGAUGGAGGAUGUAAGAAUUGGGAAAUAAUUUUGGGGGAUAAAUUUUUCCUAUGACCGUCUUCAAGAGGCUAUCUCAGUGCCUUGCGUUAAAAGAUCUAUGCUAGCGGUUGAGCUGUUACCCCACAAGCACAAUUUGCAAAUGUAUCAUCUUAGUGCAAGCUUUAUUAUUAAGUCUUCGAUCUCAACAAUUACCUAUAUUAAUAACUAAUUUUAUUGGAAUCUAAAUACUAUUUAUAAAAAUUUUAUCGCUUUAAAUAAUAAUUUAUCAUAUCAAAAAGUGUAUGAAAUUAAUUUACAUAUUUAUGUAACUAUAUAAUACUAUUUAUAGUAAAAUAAAUGACUGUAUAAAUAUAUAGUAACUUUGGAAGUUAGGAAUUAACCUACGAUUUAUUUUAUUGACCUAUGUAUAUUUUAUUUAUUACAUAGAAGAUUCAACGUACUACCGUCGGCCCAGCUGGCGCUACCGAGCACGACACCGCUCGGUUGGGAAAUUUCCCUAUUGCUACGGUCGAGCACACAGCCACAGCUCCCGUACAGUAUGUACCAUGUAUAGUAACCACUAAGUAAAGUACUUAAAGUCUUCAAUGCUUAAAAUAAUUGUGUUCAUCACAUUAUAAUUGUAAUAUAGCGGUCAAAGUUUAGUGCUAGGGUCUUUAUGUCCUUCAUUUAGAAUCUAUUUACAAAAGUAAUUUUUCCUACUUAUAUUAUUAUUCACUAAUCAAAAUUCCUAGAACCAUUCCAGGUUGUAUUUUUAAUAACCGAUCUUCUAAGUAAUGUUUUUUUUUAUACUUUUAUAUUGUGAUUAAAUUAAGACUGUAAAUUAUUA